UGCAGAGGAAUUAGUUCUCCAUUCUUAGUGGACAGAAGAUAAUUGGACCAGUUAAAAUAAUCUUUAGUCAUGGGAUUUAAUAUUUGAAGUCAUACCUGUGAUUCAUAGACACCAUAAGAUAUAUACUGUACAUGGUAUCUGCCCACUGUUUGACACACCUACACAGCUAGCCUGAGGUCAGGUGAUAAAGUUACUCUGAGGUCCUCUCAGCUCUCUGAACGUGAAGUCCGUCGUCGUUUGUAGCCUACAUGGCAUUAGAGAGACAGUGAGGAGCAGAUAGCGGAUCACUGCCAGAGCGUGAGACAGGACAGCGGCGGUGUGUGCAGACGGCGGGUCUGCCAUGCAGAAAGAGGAUGGCAGGAGAGGAAAGAGUUUCUCCGCUCAAGAACUUCGUGGCUGGGGGAGUCGGUGGAACGUGUCUGCUGCUGGCCGGACACCCGCUGGAUACCAUCAAGGUGAGGCUACAGACGCAGCCCAAAGCCUCCUGUGCUCAGAAUGUGCUCUACACAGGAACGUAUGACUGCUUUCGCAAGACUGUAUCCAAAGAGGUGGAGAGGUCCCAUAUACAGUACAAGGGAAUCUGCUGUGCCACACCACCCAGGAUCCAAUGGGGGAGGAAGUGUGACAGUGGUAUCCUUGGACUUUAUAAAGGUAUGGGGGCUCCCCUGGCAGGUGUAGCUCCUAUGAUGGCCAUCAGUUUCUUUGGCUUUGGUCUCGGGAAGCAGUUCCAGCAAACAGUUCCUGGCAAACCCCUAACGCACACUCAAAUAUUCUUGUCUGGCUGUCUAGCAGGGGUCUUAACUACAGUCAUUGUGGCUCCAGGAGAGAGGAUCAAAUGUCUACUGCAGGUGCAGGCCAGCAGUGGAGAUUUGAGGUACGCAGGGCCACUUGACUGUGCAGUCAGGCUCUACAAAGAGCAGGGUAUCCGUAGUGUCUACAAAGGGACUGUGCUUACUCUUGUAAGAGAUGUACCUUCUAGUGGUCUGUACUUCCUGACAUAUGAAUACCUCAAAAAUGUCCUGACACCUGAGGGUCAGAGGUGAGUAACCC